GGUUGCUGUCAUUGUUUUUCUCCUGUCUUUGGUUAUUUUCUAGAUGUGAUGUCAGAUGAACCCACUGGAAGUGAUGAAAGGUGUAGUUUAUUGAGCACUUUGGAGCUUUUUAUAGGAAACUGAGCUGCCUAAAACACGAUGAAAGUCUACAGUGGCGGACUACUCCGUCUGCCACAGGUCUGUCACUGCGCUGCGGUGAUAAUAGCGACAUAAUGGCAUGUAGGAGCGGCUGCUGCUGCGGCUCUUCUGGUCCCAUCAACGAGGACAACGCGCGGUUCCUGCUGCUGGCGCUCUUCAUCAUCCUCUACCUGCUGUGCGGAGCCGCCGUCUUCUCCGCGCUGGAGCAGCCUAAGGAGCGGGAGGCGAAGGAGCGAUGGGCGCAGAGGUUCGAGCACUUCUCUCAGAAGUAUAACCUGAGCAAGAAGGAGCUGAGGAACUUUCUGAAGAACUACGAGGAAGCGAACGUGGCGGGGAUACGCGUGGAUACGACCAGACCCCGGUGGGACUUCCCUGGAGCUUUUUACUUCGUGGGCACUGUGGUGUCAACAAUAGGGUUUGGGAUGACUACUCCUGCCACCAUCGGAGGAAAAAUCUUCUUGAUGUUUUACGGCCUACUGGGUUGUGCGGCCACCAUCCUCUUCUUUAACCUGUUUCUGGAGCGGGUCAUCACUGUCAUAGCUGUCGUCCUCAAGUCCUUUCAUGAACGGCGCCGCAACAAGGCCGUGCUGCCGCAGAACGGACGGAGGGUCUCAGAGGAAGUAGAGGCAGGCGGAGUAGAAAAGCGCGAAGAGCUUGCUGGAUGGAAACCCUCCGUUUAUUGCGUGAUGUUUAUCCUUGGAGCGGCAGCGAUCUUGGUGUCCUGCUGUGCCUCGUUGAUGUACUCAGCUGCUGAAGGUUGGGGCUACCUGGACUCACUCUACUUCUGCUUCGUGGCCUUCAGCACCAUUGGGUUUGGGGAUAUGGUCAGCAGUCAGAGAAUCUCCUACGAGGGUCACGCUACAGCUGCGUACCGGGUUGGAAACUUCUUCUUUAUCCUCACGGGGGUCUGCUGCAUCUACUCCCUCUUCAACGUCAUCUCCAUUGUCAUCAAGCAGGUCCUCAACUGGCUACUUAGAAGGCUGGAAGCCCCGUGCCGCUGCUGCUUUCCCAGGAGGGGACCUCACCGGCACCCUCGCCGUAAUGUGGUCGCUCCGGGCCAUCUCCGUGCCCGCAGGGACCUCUCUAUCGAAACAGAUGCCAUAAAUGAGAGCGAGACUGACCCAGGUCGCAGGAUGUCUGGGGAAAUGAUCUCCAUGAGGGACUUUUUAGCAGCAAACAAGGUCAACUUGGCCAUCAUGCAGAAGCAGCUCUCAGAGAUGGCUGUUGGACAUCCUCGGCAGUCCGGCUCCUGCUCGCAUCAGAACGGCUUCUCGGGAGGGGUGGGCGCCCUGGGCAUCAUGAACAACCGGCUGGCAGAGACCAGCGUGGACAGAUAAGGGGGCAGAUUUUUAAAAGAUGCAGAGAAGAGUUUGAGGCGAGUGUGGGCUAACUGACACUGAUAGUGACCCUCCAUCUCAGUCCGCUUUCCUCUCAGGAAGAUGACUCUGUGACAGUUUGCCGAAGUCUUUCAACCGAACCGGAGUUCUGGAAUGCUCCCUGAUGAUGAACCCAGUUUCCAUGGUGAUAAAUAAAAAUGCCUGCCUAGAGCCCCGUUUCUGAGCUUCUUCACACCUAAAUGCAACUUCCACUCAUCUGCAAUCCUCAGCAGUGUUGUUGUUUUAUGACUCGAUCCAAGUCUGUUUCACAGCUGUAACUGUGCAGUGUA